CUCGGAAUACACGCGCUGUUGUUUUGAUUGACACCACGGGAUUCAGGGCUUCAACUUUUGUUUUACCCUCGCUCGUCAAGAACAUGUAUUAAGUCCCUAAACAACCAUGUCUGAAAUGCUCAUGUCAUCAACGGAGGAAACAUCACUGUGUCCAAUGCAACUAGACGAGCAUCCCGAUGGUGUACGAAGCUUCCUGGUGGUGGAUGACCAGGAAAACCUGCAGGUCCGCAGUGAGUCCGAUUUUGUUGAACGGCUCAACUGUGCGGAUGUGGGUGGUGUCAAAGUACUCUCCAUCUUUGGGAACACCGGGGACGGCAAGUCACAUACGUUGAACCAUAUCCUGUUCAAUGGCGAGAGUGUGUUUUUUACAUCCAAGUCCCCCAGCUCCUGUACGGUGGGUGUUUGGGCCGCUUAUGAGCCAUCCCUCAGCCUGGUUGCCCUGGAUACUGAGGGUUUGUUGGGAGCGGGCUUGUUGGGAUCAGCUACCAAUCAAAACCAGAGAAUGAGGCUUCUGCUCAAGGUCCUGGCAGUGUCAGAUAUAGUAAUCUAUCGGACCCGAGCCGAGCGUCUACACAGCGACAUGUUCCAGUUUCUGAGCAGUGCGUCGGGGGCCUAUCUGAAACACUUCACCCCUGAGCUUCGGGCCCUGUCAAGCCGCUGCGGUUUGGAUGUUCCCCUCUCAUGUCUUGGACCUGCUGUCAUUGUCUUUCACGAGACCAUACGCACAGAGCCUUUGGGCCGCGAUUCAAAGAUGGCUGGCAAUGGCGACAUGCAGCUCCAAAGGCGGUUUCAUGAUCUGGGCUUGGGUACCGAUGCCUUCAGUUCAGUGCAGUACGUGGGCACCCAAACGGUCACUGCUCCAACUGACUACAGCCAACUGCUGGAGGCUCUCGGACAGCAAGUGCAAAACACUCACACACGUUCGCCCCGCCAUCCUGGCAUCGUGUUUCGAGCUUUGCAAACCCUCAGUGAACGCUUCUGUGGUGACCUCCCAGAGGACAAGCUGAAUCUGCACACUUUCUUCCCAGAUGAGUACUUCACCUGCUCUGCGGUUUGCCUCAGUUGCAAUAUCCGCUGCAAGAAUGGAAUGAACCAUUUGCGAGACAGGGUCCCUCACAUGGCAGAUGGACUGUGCCAAUAUGCACACCAGUACAACAACAAAGUCCUUAUCUGUAAGAGGUGUUAUGAAGGUGGAAGAGAAGUGACAGUUGUGCCAAAAACCUCGGCGUCCGCUGACAACCCGUGGUUUGGUCUUGCCAAGUUUGCCUGGUCGGGCUACGUGUUGGAGUGUGCCAGCUGUGGCGUCAUCUACCGCAGCAGACAGUACUGGGUAGGAAACCAGGAUCCCGAGAGCAGCAUCGUGCGUUCUGAGGUCAAACACGUUUGGGAGGGGUCGGACACUUUCCUCAGCAACCACCAAAAUGCAGCCCAGAGGGUCUUGGAUGGGAUGAACUACGUGAUCCAAUCGGUGUCGGAAUACAGCACCGGCCCCACUAAAGCUGUCACCGCUUGGCUCACUGACCAGGUGGCGCCACCGUACUGGAGACCCAACACGGAGAUUACAGCAUGUCACGGCUGUCAAAAAGCGUUUGAGGAGGCCGAGCGCAAGCAUCACUGUCGGUCAUGCGGCGAGGGCUUCUGUCACCUGUGCUCCAGCCACAGGAUGCCGGUGCCAGAGAGGGGUUGGGGUAGCAGCCCCGUCAGAGUUUGUUUGGCCUGCUAUCGUCAGGGAGGACCGCACGAAACCAACAAUCAGGUGUGUAAAGCAGAGCCCCGUGGUCUCAUCGCUCGCAGGGUGGCGGAGGUGGCUCAGUCCACUUUAGACAUCUUCAGCACUGCAGUAGACUACCCACUCUGCAUUGUUAAGGAUGUGGCUCGACCAGACUACUGGGUCCCGGAUCAGGACAUCACACAAUGCCACCAGUGCUCGAAGGUCUUCACUCCAGUCAUGUCCAAGCACCACUGCAGAGCCUGUGGUCAGGGGGUGUGCGGCCCCUGCUCCACACACAUGAAACCCGUACCGUCAAGAGGGUGGGACCACCCGGUGAGAGUAUGCGACAGCUGUGCCGCUUCCACCGAUGGUCUCUGAAGUACGGCCCUUAAGUCUCCAAUCAAACUAAAUGACAAUCUGAUGCCCCAAAGAAGGCUUAAUUUCAGAAGCUGGCCUGAAUGAAGAAGAAAAAAAAAAACUCUUCCGCCGUCUCCAAUUGAUUUUGCUCCAUGUAGAAGCAAAACUGAUCAGAGCUCAGUGGUCGGCUUUAUUGCAGAUUUCAGCUGCUCUCACUUGUCUCUAAAAUAUCGUGACAAUGGCUUGAAGUCCUCCGCCAAGCAACCUGUAGGGGAAAAGUGGAGAACAAAAGAACCAGUGGGAGAUUUUCACCUACUGCAGUUGUAAGCUCUGUUCCAAACAUGGGAAUAACUUCCUAUAUCUUUUGAGGCUCCGAAUAAUUGGAGGGGAUUUUAUUGUUUAAUUGAUUAGACAUCUGGAGGUUAAGUUGACGGAUGGAGUUCACUUUGAAGACCAGCGUGACUGCAUAGUGUCCGCGAAAUGUCUCCUUGCAAUAAAUGCUUGCCUGUAUGCGCACAGACGCAAUGCCGUUCAAAAUGUCUAAUUCCUAAAUCACAUAUCAUUCUUGACCAAGCAGCCACAGUGUGGGAAAAUAAAUGGAGCAUUAUAUUGAUAGACAUUCCAAUGUCUGAAAUACUCUUUUGAGCAAGUUGGCCUGCCUCUCUCUCUCUCAGGCUCAUCAAACUGGAUCAUUAGGUUAUGCUGAUGGUUAAAUUAAUUCUUUAGUGUAGGAAAUACAUCAUGUUGGGACUUGCUGUAUGUAGGUUUCUAUACCUAACAAAGUUAUCUGAAAAGUUUGUGUUUAUUGUUGUUUCUUUUAAAUAAAUGAGGCCAAAUUGUCCUCAAAACAA